AAUUCUUUAUCUGUGUUCAGCGCUUUUAUCGUCAAAUUGUAGUGGUACAUAAAUUUUACUGUUCUUCUAAAGUACAGAGUCAUCGAUAUCAAGUAAAAUGGCAGAAGGCCAAGAAGAACCGAAAAAGAUAACAAUUACAGUAAAAACUCCGAAAGAGAAACAACAAGUGGAAAUUGAGGAAGAUGCUGAUAUCAAAAAACUUAAAGAAGUCCUGUCUCCCAAGUUCAGCGCCGAGGCUGAACAGUUGUGUCUAAUUUUCGCUGGAAAAAUUAUGAAUGAUAACGAUACAUUAAAACAACAUAACAUCAAAGAUGGUUUGACUGUACAUCUUGUUAUCAAGACGCCUCCCAGACCGGAGCCAGAGGGAGGGACACGGCGUCCGCCAGCUGACAUAGGUGCAACACCUUUUGGAUUAAAUUCACUUGGGGGUCUGGCUGGCUUAGAAAGUCUUGGCUUAGGCCAGAGCACAUUUAUGGAUUUACAGGCAAGAAUGCAACAGGAGUUGCUGACAAAUCCGGAUAUGCUCCGACAAGUUUUGGACAACCCUCUAGUGCAACAGAUGAUGAAUGAUCCCGAAAAUAUGAGGACACUCAUAACAUCUAACCCCCAAAUGCAAGACCUGAUGUCUAGAAACCCGGAAAUCAGCCACAUGUUGAACAACCCAGAGCUGCUGCGUCAGACUAUGGAGUUGGCUCGCAACCCUGCUAUGCUCCAAGAGCUUAUGAGAUCCCAUGAUCGCGCUAUAUCCAACCUAGAGAGUAUACCAGGUGGAUACAAUGCACUGCAGCGUAUGUAUCGUGACAUCCAGGAGCCAAUGCUGAAUGUAGCCAGCAGCAUGGCCGGCAAUCCAUUCUCUGGAUUGGUGGAUAAUUCAGAUGGUACGAACCCGCAACAAGGUGCUGAGAACCGUCAGCCAUUGCCCAACCCGUGGCAGCGCGGCGGGGGCGGGGCCGGGGGCGGCAACGCGGGCAGCGGGGGCGGCGCGGCAGGCCCGGGGCUCAUCAACACGCCCGGCAUGCAGUCGUUGCUGCAGCAGAUGUCGGAGAACCCUCGCCUCGUGCAGUCCAUGUUGAGUGCACCCUACACUAAUAGCAUGCUGCAGGCGCUUGCCGCUGACCCCGAUAUGGCCUCACAGCUCAUCAACCAGAACCCAAUGUUCGCCAACAACCCUCAACUGCAAGAGCAAAUUCGCACGAUGAUGCCGCAGAUGCUGACUCAACUACAAAACCCUGAAAUGCAGCAAAUGAUGACCAAUCCUCAGGCUUUGAAUGCGCUAAUGCAAAUCCAGCAAGGCAUCGAGCAGCUGCGCACUGCUGCUCCCAGCCUCGUAAACAACCUGGGACUGGGUGUGGCGGCGGCGGGUGCACAGCCACCCACCACGGCAACCACCACUCCUGCCUCUAACACCACGCCUACCGCCACGCCGCAGAACGCCACUCCCCGCCAGCAACAAAACUCAGAGUUAUUUUCACAGUUCAUGCAGCGCAUGAUGUCCGCGAUGUCGAACAACCAGAGCAACACGAACCAGCCACCAGAGCAGCGCUACUCGCAGCAGCUGGAGCAGCUCGCCGCCAUGGGUUUCCUCAACAGGGAGGCCAAUCUACAGGCGCUGAUCGCAACAUUCGGCGACGUGAACGCGGCCGUAGAGAGGCUACUGGCUCUCGGCCAGUUGUCUAUGAGCUAACGACCUUGCCCAUAGACACGACACUACUCAACUCACACCUCUUUCGGUUCCCCUCCUUACACUCCCACGUCUACAUUGCAAUGUAUCACAUACUUUAAAAAUAUUACUGCUAUUGUGUUUGAAUGUUUUGGUGCUGUCGCAAAAUGUCUAUUCGUCUCCAAUCGCUUUGUUUCGUUUGAUUUAAUGUUGUUUUUCUUUUCUUAUCUUAAAUCGUUUUGAUGCGAUUUUUAAAUCUAAAUGUCUAUACACUUAUUACUAAUAAAGUGACUAUUAUUAUCUAUGUAUUCCGUAGUAGAAAAUUAAAUGUGUCAAUAGAUUAUGUCUUAAAAGAUUCACAUUUGUUGUAGUAGAUGUAUCGUAAAAAGUCGACGAUGAAAAAAAUAUCUUAGGUGACAGAAAGUUAGCAUAGAAAAUGCUACAUGCUUACAUUCUUUGCUAAAUCUUAAUGUAUUUUUAUCACUUUGUACUCUUUAAUGGCCA